AUGGAGGCUCAUCGGGCAUUAUUCAUUUGGUCGAAGCGAACAAUCGUGGUGCUCGGUUCAUCGAUUUCCUAUUCGAUCAAAACGGUGCUUUGCUGGGCUGAGCAGCUGUUCGAAGUGCUCGAGUACCUCGAUCGACGCUCAAUAGUUCACGGCGAUAUAAAGCUUGAAAACAUUUUUGUCAAGGAAAGCUUCGAUUUGAAGGUCGGCGAUUUCGGGAGUACAAGAGAUUGUGAGGUCACAUGCUCGGGCACAUUUCACGGCACCUAUCGAUAUAUCAGCCCGGAUUUGAUCACGGAAAAUAUGCAUGUUGAUCGAAAGAUCUCCCAUGCAAAUGAUGUCUAUGCGGUGGGAUUGGUGCUUUGGGAAACCCUCGAACGAAGUCGUGUCUAUGCGAAAUACGAUUCGAAGGAUAAUUUCAAUACGACACAAUUCUUUAUUGACAUCUUAUUCCGGGUUCUGCAGAAGUUGGAACCACCGACAUGCAUUGAAGAGUUGCAAAAGCUUAUUGUUAGUUGUUCGAGCUUUGAUCGUGGAUCUCGUCCUAAGCCUCAAGAUGUACUCAAGGCUGUGAAACUCAUCCUAGAGGAAAACGCACUUGUGAAAGGAUACGAAUUUUUGCCAAUAAUCGAUGAAAAGCAAAGAGUUCUACUACCGCCAUUCGGGUCUGGGAGAAGUUUGGAUGAGGAGAAGUCGAGCAGUUUCUUGAUGCUUGAUUUAAAAAGUGAAAAUCUACCAUUCACGAUCGAUCCGAUGACAGAAGAAGCACCAGAAAGCAAUGAAUCGACUCGCCAAGAGUUCGUCCACAAGGCCCCGAACACUAAUUCGAAUUUGAGACGCUUCAAUCGGAUUGAAGAUGUGGGAAGAUUGACCACAAUAUUCAAUGAGAUGAGCAGCGAGAAUCAAAUCAAAUUCUAUCAAAUCCUUCCAAGAAUGAUCACCGAGGCCCAGCAAAAGGUCUAUUUCUUUCACGAACAUCUCGCAUUAACCACCCGAUUUAUGGACUUAGCGCAAUCAACCGAUCCAGUAGAGCUCUUCGAAGCGCUUUUGCUUGCCGAUUUUGCGUGGGAAGCCGAGGAAAUGAGCCGCUACUUUCAAGAACUCAUAAAAGACACCAGGUUCUCGUUGUUCUGGAUAGAGUCCACGAAUAUGGUCUCAAAGAUUAGGGAAUUCUCGGCUGGAAAGACCUCGUUUUAUUUGGCGCGCUUCUACUUUGAGUGCUACUUAUCAACGGUGCUCAAAGAGGAGUGGCUGCUCGUCGAGGGGCACGACAACAUUCAAGAGAUCGUGUUGAUGGUCACGAAGGAUCUGAGUAAAGCCCGGUAUCUGAAGGGACAUUGGCACCGCGGGAAGACGUUCAUCGCGAAAGACUGCCAGAGCGAUGUCCAUGCAAUGGAUGGAGUGUUUACAUUCACGAGCCACGCCGAUCAACUGCAUUUCACCGGCAAUUACCCAAUCGAUCCGUAUAUGAUGCUAGAAGCGUUUAAAGACACUUUUACCGAGAGAGUAAACAUUAGUGGAAGUUUUCCACCAAAACUUUUUAUUGACUACUUUGAGUGCACGACAAAAGAAGAGCUACAAUACUCAUCCAACUUUUUCGUUGUUUGGAACGAUUUGGGCACAGCCAUGGAACAUUUUUCGUCGAAUCACAUCAAUUAUCAGUGUAUCUUGAAGUAUGCGGAGAAUUUUUCAUUUGAGAAAAAUAAUUAUUUCCCGACGCUUUUCGUGCCGAACUUUCAGGAGGAAAAGGGCCAUUUAGUGCUAUUGGAUCAUCCGGUCAAUUACGAGAAUUUCGAGACGAUUCCCGCGUUUAGUGUCCGAUUCGCUCAGAACAUAGACUUGUUAAUUGGGAAAAUCCAUGAGUUACCUGUCAGGCAAUUACGAAGAUAUUUACGGGAUUUGCCCGUCGAAAAGCACAAAUUCCUGUUGAUUGAUCCUGAGAAAGAACCGAAAGAAUCGCCGCGACCCUCAAAGUUUUGUCUCGUCGAUCACGAGGGAAAGCAGAUCUUCCUCUCGAGAAUAUUGUUUCGAGGGAAAACUGAG